AUGUCUACAAAAUGGGUGUAUGAAGCUGGUGUUUCUUUUAAUGCUAUCGAUAAAGAUAGCUUUAAGGUGAUGAUGGAGGCGGUUGGUCAAUUUGGGCCCAGAUUAGGCAUCAUUUUUCUUUCUUCUAAAGAAUCUUCAGAUGAAGCCCAUACAAAUCAACUAAUUUAUGAGUAUGUACAGCAAUGCAUUCAACAAAUUGGUCCAGAAAAUGUUGUUCAAAUAGUAAUUGAUAAUGCCUCAAAUAACAUGGGAGCUGCAAAGUUGUUGAAGGAGGAGAGGCCAACAAUCUUUUGGACUACUCAUUCUACAAAUCUUAUGCUUGAAAGCAUUGCAAGUAUACCAACAUUCAAGAAAGUCAUUGAUCAAGCUAAGGCAUUGACUAUAUUUAUUUAUGCUCAUCAUAAGAUCUUGGCAUUGAUGAGAUCAUAUACAAAGAAGAGAGAUAUUGUGAAACCAGGGGUGACUAGAUUUGCUUCAGCAUUUCUAACUUUGCAAUGUUUGUUUGAGAAAAAGAAUCAAUUAAAGGUUUUUGCACCUUUGGCGAAGGUGCUUCGAAUUGUUGAUGUUGAUAAGAAACCAUCUAUGGGUUUUGUGUAUGGUGAGCUUUUGCAAUCUAGGAAAGAUAUUAAGAAUGCUCUAAGUAAUGUUCCAAAAAACUAUCAACCUAUUAUUGAUAUUAUUGAUGCAAAGAUGAAAGAUAAGCUAGAUAGUCCACUGCAUCUGAUAACUUAUUUGUUGAAUCCUUUUUAUCAUUAUAAGGAUUCGCUUCUUCAUUUGAAUCAAACUGUCACAAUUAGGAUCAUUGAUUGCAUGGAUGUUAUCUUUUUUGGGGAUAUUGAUAUGCAAAAUAUCAUUUUAAGUGAGGAGUUACCCAUGGAUAAGAAAAAGGAGUAUCUUUGGGAAACCCAUUGCAGUAAAAGCAUCAAAUUGGUGGUUGAAUUUUGGUGCAUUUACUCCUUUCAGAAAAUUGCUAUGAAGAACCUCUCUGUACAUACAAAGAAAAAGAAUAAACUAGAUACACAUCGAUUAAAUAAUCUAGUUUUUGUUCAAUUCAAUGCAAAAUUGAUGAACAAGAAAAAUAAGGAGAAAGAGAGGAAAAUUGAGGUGCUUCUAGCAAGUGAUGCAAGUUCCACACAAGAUUGGAUUGUUGAUGGGGUUGAUGAUGAAGUUGAACCGAAACGGGCAUGA